GCAGACGGGCCGCUCCGCAGCGCUCGGCGCCCGCCCGCCGCCCGCCUGGCCUCCGGCUCUCCCUCCCUCCCUCCUGUCCCUCCCUCCCUCCCUCCUUUGCGCUGCUCGCUCCCUCGCUCGCCCUCAGCGCAUGGGCCCCGCGCCGGGCCCCGGGGCCUCGGGCCGCCGGGACGCCGGGGUCCCCUAGGCCGGGGCGUGGGCGGGGCGGCCGGCCUGACGCAGCUCUGCACCCCCUACCACCACCAGGGCCGGCGGCGGCGGCUGCCCCGAGGGACGCGGCCCUAGGCGGUGGCGAUGGGGACCGCCCGGAUCGCACCCGGCCUGGCGCUCCUGCUCUGCUGCCCCGUGCUCAGCUCCGCGUACGCGCUGGUCACAUUCACGGGAGUGGCUGGGCUAGGCACACCAAGCUGCUCCCGACUCCUUUUCUCCCAAGUCAGAGGACAGAGGCUCAGACCCCUCAGCAGCCACCUGCUCAGGGUGGAUGCAGAUGACGUCAUGACUAAAGAGGAACAGAUCUUCCUGCUGCACCGUGCUCAGGCCCAGUGCGAAAAACGGCUCAAGGAGGUCCUGCAGAGGCCAGCACAGCUGACAGCCAUCAUUACCACCCUGGUUUCUCCAGCCGACAUAAUGGAAUCAGACAAGGGAUGGACAUCUGCGUCCACAUCAGGGAAGCCCAGGAAAGAUAAGGCAUCUGGGAAGCUCUACCCUGAGUCUGAGGAGGACAAGGAGGCACCCACUGGCAGCAGGUACCAAGGGCGCCCCUGUCUGCCGGAAUGGGACCACAUCCUGUGCUGGCCACUGGGGGCACCAGGUGAGGUAGUGGCUGUGCCCUGUCCGGACUACAUUUAUGACUUCAAUCACAAAGGCCAUGCCUACCGACGCUGUGACCGCAAUGGCAGCUGGGAGCUGGUGCCUGGGCACAACAGGACGUGGGCCAACUACAGCGAGUGUGUCAAAUUUCUCACCAAUGAGACUCGUGAACGGGAGGUGUUUGACCGCCUGGGCAUGAUUUACACCGUGGGCUACUCCGUGUCCCUGGCGUCCCUCACCGUAGCUGUGCUCAUCCUGGCCUACUUUAGGCGGCUGCACUGCACGCGCAACUACAUCCACAUGCACCUGUUCCUGUCCUUCAUGCUGCGCGCCGUGAGCAUCUUCGUCAAGGACGCGGUGCUCUACUCUGGCGCCACGCUCGAUGAGGCUGAGCGCCUCACCGAGGAGGAGCUGCGCGCCAUCGCCCAGGCGCCCCCGCCGCCUGCCACCGCCGCUGCUGGCUACGCUGGCUGCAGGGUGGCUGUGACCUUCUUCCUUUACUUCCUGGCCACCAACUACUACUGGAUUCUGGUGGAGGGGCUGUACCUGCACAGCCUCAUCUUCAUGGCCUUCUUCUCAGAGAAGAAGUACCUGUGGGGCUUCACGGUCUUCGGCUGGGGUCUGCCCGCUGUCUUCGUGGCUGUGUGGGUCAGUGUCAGAGCUACCCUGGCCAACACCGGGUGCUGGGACUUGAGCUCCGGCAACAAAAAGUGGAUCAUCCAAGUGCCCAUCCUGGCCUCCAUUGUGCUCAAUUUCAUCCUCUUCAUCAAUAUCGUCCGGGUGCUCGCCACCAAGCUGCGGGAGACCAACGCCGGCCGGUGUGACACGCGGCAGCAGUACCGGAAGCUGCUCAAAUCCACGCUGGUGCUCAUGCCCCUCUUUGGCGUCCACUACAUCGUCUUCAUGGCCACACCAUACACCGAGGUCUCAGGGACGCUCUGGCAAGUCCAGAUGCACUAUGAGAUGCUCUUCAACUCCUUCCAGGGAUUUUUUGUCGCCAUCAUAUACUGUUUCUGCAACGGUGAGGUACAAGCUGAGAUCAAGAAAUCUUGGAGCCGCUGGACACUGGCACUGGACUUCAAGCGCAAGGCACGCAGCGGGAGCAGCAGCUAUAGCUAUGGCCCCAUGGUGUCCCACACAAGUGUGACCAACGUCGGCCCCCGUGUGGGACUCGGCCUGCCCCUCAGCCCCCGCCUACUGCCCACUGCCACCACCAACGGCCACCCUCAGCUGCCUGGCCAUGCCAAGCCAGGAGCCCCAGUCCUGGAGACCCUCGAGACCACACCACCUGCCAUGGCUGCUCCCAAGGACGAUGGGUUCCUCAACGGCUCCUGCUCAGGCCUGGACGAGGAGGCCUCUGGGCCUGAGCGGCCACCUGCCCUGCUACAGGAAGAGUGGGAGACAGUUAUGUGACCAGGCGCUGGGGGCUGGACCUGCUGACAUAGUGGAUGGACAGAUGGACCAAAAGAUGGGUGGUUGAAUGGUUGCCCACUCAGGGCUGGGGCCAAGAGGAAAAACAGGGAAAAAAGAAAAAAAAAAGAAAAAGAAAAAUGAAAA